UGAGAGACGAUGACAAGAGUGAAAACGACGAUACGAGGAAAAUCACUUCAGACUCAGAAACCAGGAGACUUUUCAAGAUGAACGAUAAAACUAAGCGCUACAACCCGAGAGACUCUACAAUCCCACUAGUGGAUGAAGAGGAUCAGUUUGACUUUCUGUGUGAAGGGUUUGAUUCCCCAAGAGCCCGGAUGUCCUGCGGCCAUGUAGUGACCCCGACGUCCCUCACCAAGUGGUGCCAACAAUUGCUCAAACAGGGAAAACCCAGGUUUGAAUGCGGUCAGUUUGGCUGUAAUGCUGAGUGGUCUUAUCAGGAGGUUUGUAAAAUGGCCAUGUUGACCCCUGAAGAAAUGACGACCUUUGAGACGACCUUGGCCCAGAAUGCUGCCCUCAAAGACCCUAACAGAAAGUUUUGUCCAGGCUGCAUGACUCCUGUGACCAGAGGGAGCAGCUUGAACCUCUAUGUCUGCUGCUCAGGUUGCUCAGCGAAGACGGGACGCAGCUUUGGGUUCUGCUGGCAGUGUCUGAGGGAGUGGAAAGGUCCACAGCCUCGAUCUGACCGCUGCGAAAACGACGACUGCCACAAUUCUGCCCUGAAGACGCUGAGAGAGUGUCCAGAAGUCCAAAUUAAGCUAGCAGGAGGAGUCAAAGGGUGUCCGUCGGUCCGUGCCUGUCCCACCUGCGGCUCACUGCUGCAGCACACUGGGAAAGGAUGCAAAGACGUUUCAUGUCCCCGAUGUAAGAUGACGUUUUGUUUUGGCUGCCUAAAGUCUGCUCAAAGCUGUAGUGUGACAGAAAAUCUUGGUACAAUGCCACUGGGACUUUGCCCCAGUGGCAUUGCUCCUAGGCAGACGUCCAUUCCUGUGUGGAAUCACAAAUCACAUGGACAUAGAGUGUCUAUUCUACACUCUAUGUACAUGUGUUUUUUGUUUUUUAUUUUCCAAUUUGUUCUUGGUUGGUUGGGGUUGUGGAAAGCAGCCUGGAUUAAAAAAAAACAAAACAGUUACACAAAAGUGAUUCACUGUGAAGAUGCUGUGUAGUUUGUUUUGUUGCAACCUGAAUGAAGUGUGAAAUAAACUUCAGUGGAGUUUGAAAACAAAAUAUAUGUUGAGGUUUAUGUCUGGUUGAACGAUGGGAUUUUAUUGUAAUCCAUAGGGGGAACCAGAAGAAAGUCUUUGGGAACGUCUGCUUUAAAGGAUGUCCAAACGAACAUGUAGCUUUUUGUGCUGUUUUGAUGCCUCUGUUAUUGUAUUUGUAUCAACUAAUCCUAUCAUAUUGUAUGACUCUUUCAUCAUUCAUUAACCAAUCUUUGUCAUUUGUUUGCAUUUUUUCAAUAGUACAAACUGAAAAGCAGAAAUUGUUGAACAAAUAAAAAUGUUGCUACAGUUUUGA